UUAAUAAUUAUAAUUAAAAUAUGCCUGGAAGAGGUGGAGGAGGUUCAAAAUCAUCAGGAUUUGGAAGAUCAGGAGCUGGAAAAACUACAGGGUCAAGCUAUGCUAGAUCUACUAGAACUGCACCGAGGGCCCAAUCGAAGACUGAAUCGCAGUCAUCAGGAGGACUCUUUGGAGGAUCUGGUGGACUUGGAGCAACAAUGGCCCAAGGAGCUGCGUUUGGAGUAGGAAGUGGAGUAGCUCAUGCUGCUGUUAAUUCUGUACUUGGUGGAGGGAGUAGACAUGGAGGUGAUUCUUCAUCUGCUAGCUCUGGUGACAAUUCAGCUAGUACUACUGGCUCUGGUAGUUCGCAAAGUUAUUACGAUGGAACACAACAGUCUCCAUGCCAAUCUUUCAAUGAGAUGUUCUUAAAGUGUUUACAGUCAAAUCCAGAGACUAUUGGAACUUGCCAGAAUGAAAUGGAUUCUCUAGUUGUAUGUGAGAGGGAUAAUGCUAAUAUUGUUUAA